CGCGUUUGUCCGCCGCGAGGACGUAUCUCUCGCCUCUGGCGCGCUCUCACAACUCGAGGCUCGGGAGCGCACGGGCUGAGGCGCGGGGUGAAAUGGCGACCGCGUCGAUCGCCGCGAGGGUGCGAAUUCCGCGCAAUCGGAUUCCGCAAAGUCUGCGCGUGGAGAGCUCGCGCGAACACUCUGUGCAGCGCGUCGCCGUUCUCGCGAGGGCGUGAAUCUCACUGGUGGCGCGCUCGUGCAACUCUCGGCGGUGCGGCGGGCGAUUCGAGCGCCCGAGGGUGAUCAGCACAUACGCCCGUUUGGAGACUCCCUCGACCACGCGUUUUUCGAGUUUCCGUGCGCCUUCGUCGGUGGACGUGCUACGACACGAUUCCCAGCCUUGUAGAGUCGAUACAAAAUAUAUUUUGA